AUGCUUUUCUUGUUAUCCUUUGCAGACAUUCAGUUCGAACCUCAUACAUUCAACGGCACCGAUUAUUACAAUUACAAUGAUAUCUUCAAAUUCCUUCGAGAAAUCUAUAACACAGAUAACCUUACAAAAGUUGAUGCAGUCACACUCACUCCUUCUUCAACACACCAUCUACAGAACGAAGGAUACAAAACUACAUGUUCAGUCAUUGCAGGUCCAGUUACCGAAUCACCAGGCCGAUUUUUGACAGAAGCGGAGCCUUGA